AUGACUUCUGGUGUUAAAUGUUCUGAAGCUUGUCUUGCGAAGUUUAACGAGCUUAAAUUAAAGAAAACAUGCCGAUUUAUCUUGUAUAAAAUCGAAAAUAAAGAACAAAUUGUUAUUGAUAAGAUUGGAGACAGAGAAUGCACUUUUGAUCAAUUCAAGGAAUUGCUAGAAAAUCUAGAAAAUGAGGCCCGCUAUGCAGUGUUGGAUUUUGAACCGGACAACUGUCAUUCUCAGCUCCUUUUCAUUUCAUGGAUUCCUGAUAAUGCUAAUGUUCGUGAGAGAAUGUUGUAUGCUUCGUCCGUGGAUGCUUUAAAGAGGCAACUUACUGGCUUCAAGGGCUACAUUCAACUAAAUGACAAAUCGGAUCUUACUGCCGAAAAUUUCUUAGACAAGCUUAAAUAUUAA